ACUAGUUCAUUUCGCUGGACCGUCCCCGACGCGACUCGUGCACCAGACAGACCCGCGCGUGCCCGUAUACGCCGCGCGCAAGACGAUCGUAACUCGCACUCGUGCGCACAGGGCCCAGGACAACGCUGUCCGUCCGCACCGCUGUUUAACCUUUAUUUACUAUAUUUAUUUGUUUGUUUUUCUCUCGUCAUCGCAUUGCGACGGUAUCGCCGACAGGAACGUGAUCAUGGUCGUACCGACGACAAGGACCGACGUCACGAAAUUCGGUUCGGCGAUGGGUCGGACUGCCAGUACGGUAUCGUUCGCCGUGCCCGAAGUAACCGCCGGCGGUGUCGACGGCGAGCUGCCGGAGGGCGAGGAAGAAGAAAUACUGCUGGUCGACCCGAGCCGGACGCGGCUGUUCAGCGUGUCCAAAGACCGGCCCAUAGCCCGGAUUCCGACCAGGGCCGACAUGAAGACGCUGACGCACAUGGCCAGGAGACCGGCCGUGGACAUUGAAUUUCACGACCUGACGUACGCCGUGAACACGACAGCCGGUGAGUACUGGUCUCGCUAGAUGCGCGCGCGUUGUUUAAUCGGCUAUGUAACGGGUGCCGCCGAUAUUAUAAGAUAACAAUAGAAAUCGUUUCCGACUUACAAUUUUAGUCGUAACGAAAUAUAAUACAGAGUGAUGUUUUUUCUUUCUUUGUUAUUCGCGAAGAUAUUGAGUAUAAAAUUGAUUUCGGCACAUUUCGCGGUUUAAUAACGAUCUACUUGACCGUAUUUUCAAAACGUAACCUUUAUUUUUCCCUCACACACGCCACAACGAUAUGAUGAACAUUUGAUUUUCCAAUAUUUUUCCAAGCAUUUUUAUAAUAUUUUACGCGUCGGGCUUUAAUUUUCAAACGUAUUUACCUUCAUUUAUAAUAAGUUGGAAUAUAACAUUUUAAAAUACGAUUGGGACCGGACAGGAGUCCGAAAGGGCCGUUGUCGUUCAAAAAUAGAUAUCGAAUUUAGCUAUUAUCCUUAUCUACUCUUCCGGAAAAUCACUAAAUUAUCGUAAAAAAAAAAAAAAACACAUCGUAUCGACCAUAUAAACGUGUACGAGCAAUAUUUCGGAAGUGUCUACGAAAAAAUCACGAUAUGACGUACGACCGAGUUGUUUGGUAUAGAGUGUAUCUAUAGUUGCGAUGAAAAAUAGUAUCUUCUAGUAAAUAAAUAGUAGUAGAAAUUUUCAAAAGUCUGCCGGGUAGUAUUUAAAAAUAUAAUUUUUGUUUUUUUGUUUUUUAAAUAUAAGACCGUUAUUUUUAAAUUAUUUCGGGUACCACGUGACUGUAAUAAAUAUUAUUAUAUAAUAUACGAGUGUGUAAAUAGUUUUUUCGCGUACCUGUCGAUUUCGUGUCUGGAAUCCACCCGGUCGCAUAUUAGCAAACAGUACACGAAAUAAAAUACUACCCGACGUGGUUUUGCAUAACAAAUCAGAAUUUAUUUUCGAUUAGUGGGUGUACAAAAUGAUAGUAUUGCACCCCACAAAAAGUCAAGGGGGUUCAAGUUCACCCUCUUCACCCCCCGAGAUUACGCCCACGGCGAGCCGUAAGUUUUGGGCCACAUUUAUUCAAUAUUAUUUGUUAUACCUAACCGUUUGUUUAAGACGAUUCAUUAUUAUAACACACGGUAUUAAAUGCCACGUGAUGGUAUUAUAUUGGUAAUAUUUCGCAUAAUAAUUCCAUAGAUUUUGUUUAUUUUUCCUCUGGUUUCUUUGGGACCAAAGACGAAUGAAAUCUAUAAAUUAAAAUAUUAUUUAUGUACUAUGCAAAAAUGUGAAACGUAUAAUAUUUUUAGUUUCCAAUAAGUGAGCCUAUAAUAAUUAUAGGUAUUAUAUACCUAGUUACGAUUUUGAUUUCUGUUUUUUUUCAAUCAUUAUGAAAUCGUUUAAUUUUUAUUUUAAUACAAUUGUAAAUUGUUUAACCCUACUCCAUAUACCUUAAAUAAGUACAUACUUUUGAUUUUCAAAUAGGAACCCCCUAUUAUGAACACAGAUUUGAAUAGAAAUUAUUUUCUAGAAAUGUUAAAAUGCAUAACACUACAUCAUAUUUACAGUUUAUGAGUUAUAACAGUUUAAAGUCCAUAUCGGAAGAGUAGGGAACAGAUAUAAAUAGACCCUUCUCUUUUUUUAUACCCUUCUCUACUUCUCUAUUCAAAUCUAUAUUCAAAAGAGAUGGUUCCUAUUUGAAAAUUAAAAGUAUGUACUUAUUUAACGUAUAUGGAGUAAGGGUAAAAAAUUAAAAAUUAUAUUAAAAUAUAACUUAAAAGAUAACUAUAAUGAUUAGAAAAACCAGAAAUCAAAUUCACUUUUAAGGUGCGAUUCCUAUGACGCAUUGUCUUAUGGGUACGUUUCCAUUAAGGCGCCAACAACUUUGCGGUUUGCCGGUAACCGCUAGAGUCACACGGACCGGUCGACGAGCAAUAUAGACGCAGCCACUCACGCGUUAAAAAACUUCCGGAAUUUCUUGUCAUCGUGUAUUAAAUGCUGGUUAAUUAAUAUUGCAAAAAAUCCUUUUUCCGGCCUUGACGUAAAUAAAGGAUGUUCGUUUGUAUUCCCCAGAACUAUUAAUAAUUGAUCAAUAUUAUAGAACCUAUAAGAAGUUCUUCAACCUCUUCAAGAAGCAGGUAUGACAAUAAGUCACGUUCACUCAUCACACAAUUAUAAAUUAUAAAUUUUCAAAUAUGUCUACUAUCUCUUAUGUGACCGUACACGACUGAUGCGUCGUAGGAAUCAUACUGACAUGCAUCAGGUUCAAGCAUUAAACGUGUUUCGUUAGCCGCAAGCAUCUGUCGCGUCAUAGGAAUCGCACCUUAAAUCGUCUGAGAUAAUUGUUGGUUCAUGAUAAAAAAAAAAGGUAGAAUAAUGGGGACGAGUGCAGAAACUGAUGUAGGUGGGAAGUUGGAAAGGUAGGAUAUUGACGGAAAUUCAAUGUAUAUCUGUAAACAACGAUAAACCGUUGCUUACGAAAAAACGAUUCUGAGUGAAGUUCAGUUGAUAGUGAUGCUUUGUCAACAAUAUGUAUGUCAUUUUAUAGUAAAAUAAUUAAAUAGACUUUAUAUAUUUUCUUUAAUAAAAUUUGUUUAAUGUUGUACCGAUUUUAUCAAUUUUCCUACGUUUUUCCUAGUUUUCUCGUGUUUUAUCCCGGUUUUUCACAUUUUCUGAGAAAACUCUUAAGAAAAUCGAAAAAUGACCUCUUUAAAGUAUUUCCCCACGCCGAUAUCCUUUCAGAAAAAAUAAACAUCUUUGUAAAACCAUAAGCUUCUUCGCUCCACUUAGAAUCUAAAACUCACCUGUAUUAUUAUGCAUGUGUUUUCGUUGAACAUUUUACAUUUUAUUCCUUAUUAUUAUUUAAUGUAGGCACACAUUUGUCAUUUGUCUUAUCAGCUAGUAUUUUGAACGAUUUUUUUCGUAGGCCAAUUUGACACUUUAAAAUCAAUUUUUAACGCAUUUAUAGGAGUUUUUAAGACGUUUCAUCCUAAUAUUAAAUUUUUAAAAAAAUCUGAGUUUAUUAUAAACAUAAAUAUUUAAUAUAAAAAUGUACAAUGACCUUAGGUUUUUUUUUUUUUUUUGUUAAAAAUUGGUCGUUUAAGUGCUCGUCUCUCACAGCAGAAUAAAUUAUGUUGUUAAUCGAUAUCUAUAUUGCAUACACAUUAUUAUAAUGAUAAUCGUAAUAUUCGUACCUACGCCUCGCUUUCAAAAUAUAAUAAUAUUAUUAUAAUCCGACCGUUAUAUAAUUUGUGCGACGCACGUGGAAACCGAUUUUCGGGCUGAAAGGAAAAUAUUAUGUUAUACCUUCGCAUUUAUAUAUUAUAUUAUUAGAAAGCUUAAAUAAUCGCGAAAACAAAAACCGAUUUCUUCCUCGAAAGUUUCAUUUUUUUUUUCUUUUCAAUUAUAAUAUUUGUAUUAUAUCGGUCAGUUAUAGUAUUCGUAUAAUAGCGUCGUAAAAAUAUAUCAUAGCUAUGUACGCGUGUUAUUAUCGCGAAAAUUAUUGUCACGUCGGCGUUUAUUUCCUAUACAUAUGAUAUAUAGGUAUACCUAUAAGUAACCUAUUAAACUGUCCGGAAUGUCCGGUAAUUUGAGUUGUCGAAACAUUCGUAAAUGCAUGGUUUGUGUUUACGUCUAUUGUGUUAUUUUAUACGAACGUGUUUAUUCUUUCGACAAAACAAUUAUGAUUACAGAAUAACGUUGUCCGAACAGCGGUGGCCGUUCAAACAAUACACUGUACGGGCACCUAAUAAAUUUUUCGGAUAGUAAAUGUUAAAUAUAAAAUAUAAAAACUUGGUACAAUGUCGAAUAGUUUUUAAUCGAAAAUGCAUACAAAUUUGCAUGUUUUUCGAGCGAAACGAACCUAGUCGUGUGCAUUGGUUUAUGUGCCAAGUGAUUCAUUUAAGUGAGUACACCUCAUUAUCUCGGAAAGUAUUAACUUUUUCCAGAAUUUGUUUUUUAAAACAAUUAAGAAACAAGCUGCUCCACAAUUUUAUAUUUGUGUUAUAUUUGUCACCUUUAUUCUUGGGGGUAAAACAACAACCUACUUUUGAUUUUCAAAUGGCGACCUAUAUUAAAAAGUCUAUAAAUAGAUUGAGUAUUAGUUAAAAUCAAUUUUAGCAUUGAAAUUUUUGAUUUCUGUCAAGCUGUUGACGAGAUCUAGUAGAGUAGUGGUGCAUUAUUAACACGCCGUGCGCCGCACCGCCACACUAAUGAUAUAACAAGUUCAAUCAUUCCAAAAAAUGUACUACCAAAACUUUAAACAAAAGAGAAUUUAAGAUAGAACAUUAUACAAAUUCAGUUGAAAUCAGUAAGGAACUGAUGAUACUUAAUCAAACAUUUGAUGAAGUGGAAGUUCUUGAAACAUCUAAACUAAACAUGAUGAAAUAAAAGAUGUUGAAAAUAGAUAUUAAUAUAUCAACUAAAUUGUAUCAAUAAUUCUUGAUAUAAUAAGAAAUAGUACAAUGACUAAUAUUACCUACAUAAAAAAAAAAAAUAAUUAGGUAUAUCAUGUAGUAUAAUAAUUUGAAUGUUCCCAGCAAUAUUACUUUAAACAUUACCUAUAAAUAGGUACCUACUUUAAUUUUCAAAAAAAUAUUCAAAUUUUGAUUAUAUAUUAUAAAGGUUCUGUUCAACAAUGUUAAUAGUAUUUUAUAAUGUCCGUGUUACAGGACAGAGGACGAUACUGAAAGGUAUAAACGGCUUCUUCCGAUCGGGACACCUGACCGCCAUAAUGGGCCCUUCCGGAGCGGGCAAAAGUUCACUGAUGAACAUUCUAGCUGGAUACGUGUAAGUUUCCCGUUCGCAUUGAAAUAAUAAUAGGAUAUUGAAAACGCUCGAUUUGUAAUGUAUGACGGCUAUACUCGUAUAUUAUUAUAUUCUAUGCCGCCGACUUCUGUAGGUCGCGUCGUGCAUCUGUCGUCGUUAUUUCCUACGGCGGUAACAUGUUAAAAUUAUAAAUAGGCAAACAAUUUAAUAAUAUUUAUAUAUAUAAUGAAUAAAAUGACCAUAUUAUAUUCCAACCUACAAUUCCAUCGAUUCUAUCACUGGAGACCGGACCAAGGACCGAUACCGAUAGUUGCCGUAUGUGCAUCAGUUAUAUUAAGUGGCUACACGAUAUUGAAUUACGCGUGCGAAUAUUAUACGCACAAGUGGGUUACCGUGAUUACCAAUGUUAUGGAAAUUGACGUUGUUUACGUCUUAGUUUUUACCCAGUGGUGGUAACGUUCAUAUAUUAUAAUAGUAUCAUAUUAAAAUGGGAGAUACAAAAUAGGUACAUCUACUACUAUACCUACACCAUACUUGGCUAUAUCCAGGAAAAGUAACUAUAUGUUACACGGACAACAUAGAUUUUUAUUAGUUUUAUCAAAUAUAAUAUCAAUUGAUCAACGUGUUUUUAUUCUAACAAAAUGAUUAUUAUUAAAAAAAAGUUAUAUAUAUAUAUAUAAAAUACAAAUAUGUAGGAAAAUCAUUAUAAUAUAGUAUUGGAUAUGUAUAUCACUGUUUUGAACAAAGAAUUAGGUAUUAGGACAUAUUUAUAAUAACAAAAAUAAUUAUAUACAAAUUUAACUUCCUUAUGGAGUUAAUAUAUGUAUAGGUAUUUAACAAAUAAAUAGGCAUGUACCGACAACAUACACACAUAACUAUGAAUUGCAAAAUUAUAAUACUUUAUGUGAUAGGUAAUAAAAAUAAAACAAACUAAAUAUACAUUACACAUAAAUAUUAUUAAUUUAAUAUUAUUUGUAAAUUAGUUAUGUAGAAAAUAAACGAAUUGUAACAAAUAAGUAAAUUAUACCCCAAGUUCUAAUGAAAUUUGUUUGAUUAAACUAUAUUUACACGAUUUAUCAUACUUAAUAUUAAUAUAACUUAUUAAAACCAUUAUUAUAACAGUAAUCAAAAAAAAGUAUUUACUAGGUAUUUUUGUUUAUAAAAAUAUAUUAGAAUGAAUAUAUAUUUAAUAAUAUUAUGCUGAACUUGAAAAUAACACCAAUCAUAGUAAAUAUAAGAACGGUUAAUUUGAUAAAUGUAUAUUUUAAUUUGAAGUACCUAAUGUAAAAUUUAUUUUUUAUUAAAUUAAUAAACUCUUUAUUCAUUCAAUGCAUUUCUUUCUUAAAUUGAUGUUCGUGUGUUUAAUUAAUUCUACCAAUUUGUUGAUUUUAUCUAUAAAAUUUCAUUAAUUUAAUAUUAUAUUUAUCAGACUAACAAAUGAUAAUUAUUUUGGAGGGGUCAUACUUGUAAAUUAAUUAAUUUAAACAUCAUGUAUUCAUUUUUCUAUAAUAAUAAAUAUUCUAUUACUAUUACCAGUGGCAUAUAGAUAAGGUGGCAUGAUGAGCAAUAAACCAUUGGCCCAUGACAUUUAGGGGGCCCAAAUCAGGAUCCAAGACAUUAUUGGAGAAGUGAAAGCCUUUUUCGAAUGAUCUUUUUUUUUCUUAUCGUCAGCCUUUAUACAAUAUUUUGGUACGGGCAUUAUUAAUUCUUGUUAGUCAUUGUAUUCUUAUCUGAUUUUUAUUUUCCACUACUUAUUACUAAAACUAUUGUAUUUUUUUUUUUAUAUAUAUAUAUAUAUGUAUUAUUUAUAUCUUUGCAUGCCAUGCAUUCUAAUAAAAUUAAAAUAAAUAAAUAAAUAUUUAUCUGUAUUUACGAGUAUUAUUAACAGUUUAAUUUAUCCGCAAAAGAAAAAUAUAUUCUUAGUAUAUCUUUUAAAAAAAAGUUUAGGGUCACCUCUGCCCAAUAUCGUAUAACAUAAUUAUAAUGCACAUUAUUCAAAUGAUAAUAAUUGUUUGUUAAUAUAUUUUGCCUCGACGUUCGUUGAAAUAAUAUGAAACAGACAUGUUUUUACUAAUAAGAAAAAUGUUCAAUUUGUUUUUGAACUAUUGAAAAAAAAUAAACACUUACCCUACCUACUCAUUAGAUUAUGACAUUUUUUUAUAAGUAUUAUUGUUUUUUUAGGAGAAGUGACAUAAAAGGUCAAAUCCAGACGAACGGUUAUCCCAGAAACAUGCAACUUUUUAAAAAACUAUCUAGUUACAUUAUGCAAGAAGAUUUGCUCCAGCCGAGACUCACUGUUGUCGAAUCGUUAAGAUACGCGGCUCGAUUGAAAAUUGGCCGAGAAUUAUCCAACGAAGACCAAUACAAAGCCGUAAGAUAUUAAUUUAAAUAACUGAAAAAAAUCAAGUCAUUUUUUGUUUUUUAGAUCAUGAUACGAAAAUACUUACGGUUCCGUUCGUUUACGUGCAUUAGGAAGCGAUUCGUCGCCGGUUUAAAUACAUAAAAUUCAAAUCUAUUGUUUGUAAACCCAUUUCAAAACAUUAACUUCAAAUACCAUUUUUUUUUUUUUUUACAAUAUUGUCUUUGGUCGUGACAGAGAAAACACUUUUUUUAACCACCAACUGUCUUCUAUAAACCUAAAAUACUUAUACAUAGUAAUAAAUAAAGACAUAGAUAUUUUUUGAAGCUUUUUAUUGGUUGAUAGAAGAUUCACGAUUUAACGAUUAUAAAUAUAUGAUACUUUAUUUGGCAUAUUUAUGCGUACCACAGUCCACACGGUUUUCCAAAUAGUAUUUUUUAAUAUUAUUACGUUUCAAUGAUUUUUCCCCAUGCAAAUAAUUUACUACGGUUACCCAUUUCAAAAUCCGUUGAAAAUUAGAUUCGUUAUAAUAAAGCGAUUCACAAAAAUCUUCAAAAAAAAAACACGAAUAACUCCAAAUGUUGGCUUUUAAUGAUUUAAAGAAUAUUUUGCAUUGGAUAAACUGAAAAAAAAUUCCAGCAAAUUAUCUAUAAUAAUACGCUAUACUAUGGAAUCGUUUUAAUUAUGCGUUAUCUAUGUGUUAAUAAUAUUUUAUUCAAAUUUUAGACAUCACUAAUUUACGAUGAGUCAUAAUUCAGACGUUUUGUGAACGUCAUAUUAUUGUCGGCGAAAAUUUAUAAAAAAAUAAAAUAUAAUAAAUGUACCAACCGAAAAAAUGUAAAUAUUAUUGAAACAUUACAAUAAGAUGAACAUAAUAAUAACACAAUAUAACAUAAUCCCUCGGAUUUGGCGGAAUUCAUUCAUUAAGUAUUCAAUUUACCCAACUAUAUAAAUACAUUUUUUCACGAUUUCCGUGAUACUGGCCACUGUGAAUAAUUUAGCCGGUAUUGUAACUAAACCUAACCGAUUAAUCUUACGUAUUUAGUUACAUAUUAUGAUCAAAUUCUAUUGUUGAAGCGUUGUUAAGUAUAUCGUUUUCCCCAAAAAUAUAUUAACAAUUUUUUAACAAACGUAUUAUACAGAAUAUUGCAGUUUUUAAUUUUUUGUCACGGACCGUUUACAAGAUAGUCCGCUUUUGAGUUCGUCGAUUUGUGGGUCGAGAGAAAUUGAUGGAGUACAAUUUGUGUGUCAACGCGACGUUUGAAUAGUGCUCUGCUAACCCUCCCCCCCCCACUGUCAAUAACUUAAAAGUGGAAUAUCUCGUAAAGUUGACGAGUUGACGGAAAUUAAUAAUUCUACACUAAAAUUAUUUUUAAAACUAAAACUUCAUCUAUUUAUAGAAUUUAAAAAUCAAAAGUACGUAGUAAUUGCACUAUUUGCACACCUAAAACUAGGACGAAAAAAAAACAAUUGUAAUUUAACACUUUAAAUUUUGUUUCUUGUUUUCCCGAAAACAAAUUCCGAAAAAAGUUAAUGUUUUCCGAGAUAAUGAAUGUCUUACGUUAUAUUAAACACCAUGCAUAAUAAAUUAAUAUAAAUAAUAAAAUAAAUUCCGGUGUUAAAAUUUUUGAUUUCCGUCAACCGGUUCUCGAGAUAUCGCGCUUUUAAAUUUAGGUUGGGGGAGAGUAGCGAAGUAGCCACAGAAUACUAGAUGUCGUGAAAAAUCCGUGUAUUCGAUAAUAUCAGCUUUAACUACACUUAAAAAUUCCAAAAAUCAGAAUUUGAAUGUACGCAAAAUUUAACAAAAGCAAUGGGGUGGGCACGCUUAGCGAAUCAUCCCGUACAUCUUGGGGAACGAGGACCGCUCUCGUUAAGGGAACAGGCAGGUGAAUCCGAAAUGAAAUAAUGGAAAUAAUUAACGUAAACUGAAUUCGAUUCGACGAAAAAAUCUAUAAACCCCUCUGCGCUCGAUUCGGUUACAAAAUUAUAUUACACACGUGUACGCAUUGUAUUAUUAGCAGAUCUCUAAUUACCUACGCCAAAAUAACAUUAACCAACGGCGGCCGACACGUCGUCGGCAAUAGGUAAAAUGAAUAACGUUAUUGACGACUGUGUGUCGCACGGUCGCGGUGGCGUUACAAAAGUGACAAGGGAAAGCUCGAAAUCGUACAGUAGGUACAGUGUGUUUAUGGCGCAUUCGCGAUGAACCCGCCUAACUUAUAUUGCACAAUACUCGUUUUCGAUAAAAGGAGGGUAGCCCACAGUGCGGUCGCCAAUAAUAAUCGCCUUGACCCAAAGUACGUGAACCGUCGCAACAUAAAAGCGUAGCCUACACGCGGAUCGUAAUUUUCAAACUGGUUUUUGUUUAGCGGCUAAUCCGGUGGAAUAUAAUAUGAUAGCGAAUUGUAUGUCGUGUACAAAUUAGUAACAAUUGGAAAUUCUGGUCAAACAAUUAUUAUUUCGAGCAUAUUGCUCGCUGCAGUCCGACGACGAUUGUGUAUUGCAGAAAACGUCGUUUGGGGAUUCUCUGACCGGCGCCGGCGGGGUACGUUCUGUACGACGGACGCGUACACGUACACGCACGUUGACAAUUGCUGUGUUGCUAUACGUGCUAUACGCUAUUGCUGUACGCCAACACAGCUAUGCGCGCAUAUUAUACGUGUUAGUUCAAUUGAUUUUUUUCGGAGUGAAGCGGAGUUACCGUGGGAGUAAUUCAACUCGCGGGAAUAUUGAACUCGGCUUUACUCAAAACCUUUGCGCGCGUGCACAUGAAACAACCGCUCUGUAUUACAUUAUUGUGCGCCGCGUGCAUAGUGAAGUUAACGAUCUAACCGUAAGCGAAUAGAAUAAUGCGAUUGUUAUUAUUAAUCGUAUCGGCCGUGUCCGGAAACGGGAGAAAACAGCUGAUCGCGUCUAAGGCGCCCGCGUAGUGUGUACGAGACGAUUUCUAAAACGAUGGGACCGCGAAUAAUUCGUUUUCACUUUUAGAUUUUUUGACGACGCGACAGAUCACAUGUUACGAGUGCCUCGUUUAACUAUUACGACCGCGUAUGUGGAUGACUCGGCUCGGUGAACUCAAAAGUCCAUUUUAGGCAAAACGGUGUUCUACCCCAACACUAACAACACAAAAAGUACAAUAUUUUUCAUAUAUAAACGCUGAAAACUGCGAAAAUGUACAUUAGUAAAUGUACAAUUUUUUUUUCUUCCUAAUCUAGUUCACAAUCUCGAAAGUUAUUACCUAUAAGUUUAGAUAAAUAGAUACUAGGGUUAUCUCUGGGGUGACGCCCAAGGGGUAAAUAUUCUAGUUUCACCCCUAAAAUUAAAAAAAUGAUGAGAAUUUGUAAUUUUUUCAAACAAAAUCAUAUCAAUAUUUAUUUAACUCUACCACUCAAAUAAAUGCGUGUUCAUUAUUCUUCUGCACGCGUUAAUUUUUUAAUACAAUUAAAGUAACCCGUGUUUUUCUUUUAAAAUCUAUAGUUUCAUAACAUUUCAAUGCAUUAUGCAUGUUUUGAUAAAACGUCGCCGUAGUGUUGAGUUUUCGUGGAUAGGGGUGACCCAAAUGAAAAAAGCUAAAAUAAAAACGCUGGCCUACACAUAACAGAAAAAAUUAUUAUUUUCGUAUUCUAUAAAUUAAAAUUGAAAGAAAAAUUCGUCACGAUGAAUAUUCAGAUCCAUUUCUUCCCAGGCAUAUAUUAUAUAAUCGUUCGACAACUAUAUUUAUUUUGUAUUACAUAAAACUGUAGAAAUUAGAAUAUCAUAAUUUACAAUCUACUUAAUUUUAAUCUAUUCGCGAAUAGAAAAGGGAAUAAUAAUUUCGUUUAAAACUAUUUCGGACAAGUUUGAUGGGUUUUUUUAAAAAAGGCACUAGUUAAUUUUGGCCAUUUUCGGUUAAUACAUCAUACGUAUAGAUGCGUGAAAAUACAAGCCUGUAAUUUACUAAUGUAUACGUUUGUUAUAAAAAUAAUACUGUGAAAUGCAUUUGGUAGUAAGGCCCGGAUUUCAAUGUGAGAUGCAUCUUUUUUUGAGUGAUAUAGACAAUACUUUCCUAGUAGAUUUUAUUCGGGAACAGAGACAUCAAAGAUGAAACUUUUAUUUUGCCUUUAUUACAUUUUUCAAAGUUUUUUCAUUUUCAUUUUUUUUUUUUGCCAUAUUUUGAUAAUUUUUUAGUUUUUUUACAUAUUUGUACAAUACACGAGUAUAAUAUAAUAUAGUAUUUGUACACAAUACGACCACCGAUUAAGUGUACUUGGUAUAUUUAAUCUAUGAUAAAACUAAACAAUUUAAAUUUAGCUUAUUCAAAAUAUUACCAAUGUUUUUCGGAUUUUCUAAGUCAAUCUGUCAAGUACAGCCUCUAAGUUAAAACUAUCGUCGUUAAUCACUAGUCAAAUUUUUCAAUUUUCUCUUUUUUUUUUUUUAACUAAAAUAAUUACCCAAUGAAAAACUAAAUUAAAAAAUGUAUAUGCCAUUUUUUUAGAGCAUUUUUCAAUGAUUUUAGUGCAUUUUUAAAAUAGUAUUUUCACUUAAAUUACAUUUUAUAAAUUAAGAAAAUAAAAUCCACAAAAGAGAAAAACUAUUGACUUACGUUACCAAGUUUGAAAUACGUUACAAAACGGAAAUUGAUUACGUUUACAUGUGCGUAUCGAAAUAAAAAACAUAGGUUAGGGCAUUUCAAACACAUUUUUUGAAAUCUGCACCUAAUGUGGAAACAUAUUAUUUAACAUGUUGCAUAUUUGCUACAAUGCUCAUUGAAAAGUUUUUUUAACGUUGCGUGAUUAUUGAAUCACUGUUUUUACGUGUUAAAAAUAUAUAUAUAUAUAUUUAAAAUUAUAAGCUUACAAAAUAUAAUAAUAUGCGUUAAAAUAAAAUUAUUACGUUUUUGGUGAGCAAUUUUAAUGUCUCACUGAUUGAUAUUUCUGCAGUGCUUAAAAUGUAUUUAUUGUAAUACAAUUAAAUAGGUAGGUACCGUCAGAAUGAAAUUUUAAUACUUACCAGUUUUUGCAAUGAGGCAGUGUUAAACUAUUUGUUUAACUACAUGCAUAUUAAAAAUUAUAAUAUUGCAUGUUGUUAAAUAACAUAUGAGUUCACAACAUAACUCGUCAUCAUUAUAAUAUCGAUGAAUCAUAAAUGUUCAUAACAGUAAUAUCUAUUAUAUUACUCAUACAUACAGAGAUCUCUUAUGUUAUCUUGAGCCAGCGAUUUUUAGCGAUUUUCUCGGAAGAUCUAUAAGUAUAUUUGAUUUACGUUUUUUUUUUUUUUUGUUUUUCAAUGAUUUUAUGGAAUCGAGUUUAUGCUUUAUGUUAACACUAUUUUCAAAUUUCCACCCAUAUUUCUUCUACCUGAUAUACGAUACGCAUAACACUAAUUAAUAUUAGUGUUAUGCGUAUCGAAAUUUUUAAAGUAUUUUAAAUUAGAGAAAAUGUGAAAACCCGCUUCCGAUCUCAAAAUAUAAAUAAAUAAUUACUUACAAUGUUGUUUGCAGACGUAAAACGAAAAUCUUAAAUUUGAUACACGCGAUACUUAUAUAUAUGUUACGUUACAACCCGAAAUCCGUCAAAACUAACUUUAACUAUACGAAACUAGUUUCCACAAAUCUCUUUAGUCAAUUCUAAUUAAAAUUAGAAUUAACUAAGACCUUCACCGGUAAAACUAGAGUUAACUUAUUUUUGUUUAGUUAGAACUAAUUGUCUGAAAUAUAUUGGUGAAAACUAGAAUUAUCAAGUGAAAAUCCGUAAUUUUUAUUUUGAUAGUUUAAACAAGUUUUAACUAGGAAAAAUUAGAAAUGAGUACAUAUUUGGAUAUUUACUAUAGGUAUUUAUUAUAAUAUUUAUUUUUACAGGACAAACUAUCAUGACAUUUUGAAUUGCAAAAAAUUCUAUUUUUCUUACACAAACAACGAUUUGUUCCGCAAGAUUUCUUUUAUAUGCAUCUUACAAAGUCUUGCCCUAACUUCGUCGAUGCUUUUUUUUCAGCUGCCCGGAGAGAAAUAUAAUUGCUCUCCGCGGGUUACCAGCUUUUUUGAAUCACAAAGUGCUAAAACAUUGAAUCGUUUUACCCUUCUAUAUUGAGUGGAAGUUUUUUGAGUAGCUGAUAUCGCAUCGUCGACCUCCUUCAGAAGCGAACCGUACGCAUCUUUCGUCAUGACAUUAUAAUGAAUGUCUUUUAUCCCUUCCACCGAAUAGGUAAGUUUCUUAAAAAACCGCUCUCGAGUACUCAUUUCUCUUUCAGUGUUCGACACGAAACAAAAUUAUACAAUAACAUGACGACGAUGUUCAACACCUGCGAACGUCAACAAGAUCGAAAAGAAUAAAAAAAAAUAGAAAACAGGUGUUGUGUGAAACGUAGGUACAACAACUACAACGAAAACAAACGAACUGGCAAAACUAAAGACACGGGGACAAAAGUUACAGCGGCUGAAUUAUUAUCUAUUAGGUAUAAUCGGUCGAAGUUAUAGUAUCUAAAAGUGAUUUGAUAGACGACUGGUUAAAGUUAUCUUAACUGAUUUGAUAGCCGUUCAGUCGAAUUUACGGAGCAAUAUUUAUAGAUCGCCUGUGAUUGGGUGCGUUUUAGGUUGUACAGGUUAAAAUACAUGCAUUUUAGUAAAAACUAGUUUUGACUGACUUUUUCGUUAUUUAUCUUUUUAUCUUAUUUAUCGUUAAUUCUAGUUUUGACUAGUCAAAACUAGAAUUGACUAAAGGGAUUUGUGGAAACUAGUUUUGACGGAUUCCGGGUUUCAACUGUAACAUAUAUAUAUACGUAUAGGGUGAUCAAUUCAGCGUAAAACACUCAUUAUCUCGGAAAAUAUCAACUUUUUCGGAAUUUGUUUUGAAAACAUUUAAAAAACAAGCACCUCUAAAAUUGUACAUGUUUAUUUAUUUUUUCGUCACCAUUAUUAUUUAUUAUUUUGAUUACUUACUAUUGAUUUUCAAAUUGUAACCUAUAUUAAAAAUUGCAUAUAUUAAUGAAGUAUUAGGACAUUUUUUUAUUUCCGUCAAUCCGUUGACGAGAUGUAUCACUUUUAAGUUUAAGUCCGGGGAAGGUAGUGGACCAUUAUUUGUAUGAUGUCACGGCGCGCGGCAUUUUAAUAAUACACUACUUCUCAUCCCUGACCAAAACUUAAAAGUGGAAUAUCUCGCCAACGGAUUAACGGAAAUCAACAAUUUCAACACCAAAAUGUGGGUUGACAAAAAAUAACAUAAAUGUAAAAUUGUAAAGCUGUUUAUUUCUUAAAUGUUCUAUAAAAAAUUUCUGAAAUAAAUUAAUACUGUUCAAGAUAAUAAGUAUAUUGAGCUAGUGUCUUGAUCACCCUGCAUAGUCUUUAAAAUAAACGAAUCCAACAGAACAUUAAAAUUAUUUUGUUCGGUUUUCAGUGGAACAAAACUUGAAAAAUUAAUUAUUUUUUAGGUAUAUAAUAAUUGCAUUUUCGAUUUGACAAACUGAGUGCAACUAGACCCAAAUAAGUUUGAUUCAUGUAUAUUUUUACUUUCGAUUUGAUUAUACUAAUGCGGCCUGAAUACAAUACGGAAUACAUAUAAUACGGGUUUCGAAGUCAUCUGCUUUUUUUCCCCAACUAGUUCAAAUAAUCAAUCUUUAUCAGCUAGAGUUGAAUACCUAAAUAUGAUUUAUGUAAUAUUAUUCAAAAUAAAAUAUGUAUUAGUACACGUUUCCAUUUCGUUAUUUCAGAUUAAUUCUUUUUUAAUGUUUUUUAAUCGAUUUUAGUGUAAUUUAUUGUAGCUAAAUGUAACUAAUUAAUUUUUGUUUUUUAAAAAAAUCCGUAUAUUUUUGUUGCUUAUUUUAACUUUUGUUAUGCAAUUUUAAACCUGUUUUACUUUAUUUUAAACGGUUUUCGAUACAAAUAUUUAAUAAUAUGCUUUAAAAUAAUUUAGAUAAGAUUCGAAAAUAAGAUUAUAUAAUAUUUACAUAGGUACACUGCAAUGGAUAAUAAUUAUAGCGCGCAAGAGUAUAAGUAUUAUUAAAAAAAUCCCCAUUUACAAAAAAUCUUUAACGCUUUCAAUGCCAAAAAACGCGUUAUCGUGGACAACUUGUUAUCUAUAUUUUAUAACGAGUGAUUCCCCUGGAGCACUUUGAUCAAUGCAAACGAUGAUGUAAAACGUUUCGGAAAAUAUCUACAAAAAAUAACAAAACGAUAUUGCACGGUGCGCAGCUAGUGAACAACAACCUCGAAAGGUUUGCACGUCGCGAUAGGUACCUACUUACUUCGGAUGACAGACCAUGUGGUUUAAAAAUAUUUUAGAGAUGAUAUAUUAUUAUGUUGAUAAUUUGGAAAUUAUCAUUUUUAAUUUUUUUUGGUUAUAUUACAAAAUGUAUUUUAGUCGUUUUGCCGCAUUUGCUAACAAAUCAUCACGUUUGCGUGUAGUAAAAAAUUAUAAUAUAUCUAUAUGUAUGAAUUGGUCUGCCUAACUAUGUUUUAUAAAAGCUGUUUAUUUUUUUCAAGGUGGACGAGGUACUUGAUUUGUUGGGGGUGUCAGUGUGCCGGAAUACUUACGUGGAGAAAUUGUCCGGAGGUCAGCGCAAACGUUUAUCCGUCGCCCUCGAGUUGGUCAACAAUCCACCAGUGAUAUUCCUAGACGAGCCCACUACGUCAGUAUAUCUAUAUUAUAAUCAAAUUAUUAUUUAUCUACACCGUUUUAUUCAAAUAGAAAAAAUAAAUUCAAUUUUUUUUUUUCGAAAAUAUCAAAAACCCUGUGUCGUCUAUCCUUUAAGGAUUCAAUUUUGAAAUAAAAAGUAGACGACAGUCUUUCUCUUGUUUUAAAUGACAAGUAUGUAAAACUUCAUUAAGAUCGGAAUAAAACUGUAAAUUUUAACGAAUAUGUAGACAGAAUAUCAAUUUUAUAAUUAUAUAAGAUUAUUAAAAAGUGUCGUUUAAACAAAAUUCACGGGCCUUAAAAAGAACGUGAUACCACCCGUAUAUUUAAAGGGUUCCGUAUAUACAUAGGUAAUUUUCACGUAUUUUUGUGUAAAAAGGAGAAAUUCAUAAACUCAAAAAUAUUCAAAUUCACUAUCGAAUAAAUGUACAAGUAUCAUAAACAGAAGUAUUUUUAGGGUAAUCAUCAUAAUAUAAACCGAAAUCUGUACGACAAAUAAUUCGCACAAAAUAUCUCUAGUUUUUUCGUAUUUAUAGUAGAACUACUAAAAUGUCACUUGUGUCGUAGCAUAUCUAUGUUAGUUUUAAUAUAAACACAAUUUAAGUUAUCGUAAACUUUCGAUAAUUUUGGUUUUUAAUUCACUUAUAAAAAAAUGACUGGGGAGUACUACCAAUAAUUAAAAAAUUAGCAUUCUAUAGAUAAAGUUCUGUUCUUAAAUAAUAUGCUAUAACAUAUUGAUAAAUACAGUGCAUACGGAAAGACAAGAUUUAUCUAGCAGAAAACAAUUUUAAAAUCUAGUAUCAAAUGGUUUUGAGAAGACGUUAUAUCUACAUGUGCUGUCAGUGUUCUCAGUGUCAAACGGUUAUUCGAGAGGCAAUCGUCUAUGCAAUUUUUGGAAGAUAUGGGUUUCGGUUUUCUAAUUUAUAUUUCUGUAUUUCCGGAGAUUAUUUGAUCCUAUUGGGGACUUUUUGAUCCACUUGAUGAAAAUGCCACUUUACCAAAUGAUGCUACACGAGAAAGCUACAACAAAUUUUUGUAUAAAAAGCAAGAAAACUUGUUUACAGACAAAAAUUUAAUGAAAGAAAAGAUCAUCAAUCAGGAAUAAGCAAAUUUAUUUUAUGGUCUACGGUGAAUUUAUAUAGAGGAGAGGUGGUGUAAAACUCCUGUGUUUGCAUGUAGAAUUCCUCUGAAACGCUCGUAGCGUUAAACUUUUUAACAUUACGGUACGUCAUUCUGUGAAAAAAUUGGUAUUGUGCCAAAACAAAUCCUUUCAAAUAUUAAAUUCUGUGUAUAACGUGAGAUAUGUCUUUCCAAAUGAUUUUAAAACGAACAAAAAAGCACAAUAAUCAACGGAGAAAAUAUUAAAUUUUUCUGUAAAGUAUAUAAUAUUAUAUUGCUUUUUUAUCACAUUAUAUAGCUGCAUUAUUAGAUAGGUACGCGUAUAGAGGAUUUAGAAAGUUUACGUAAACGUUUUAUACCUAUACUCUGCGUGAACCGGAACACGUUUUUGAACUUUCUAGACGUUGCGUUUACAUAAUAAUUACACACAAGCCGCGAGCGUGUAGUUAGAUAACCGACGACGACGAGACGAAUUUGAUUGUCAAGGUUGAAAAUGAGGAAAAAUAAACCAGAUUACUUAAUAGGAACGUUCUUGUUCUGCAGUAACAAUAGUAAUAGAGAGGUUAAAUAGUGAUAAAUCUUCCCCAUUCUUUCUGGCAUAAUUAUUAUACGUUUAUUAUGAAGUGAGAGGGAUAUAAAUUUGUUUAGUUAUAUUACCAUGCUACAUCCUCCACAAAUCGGUUUGGUAGUCCAAUUUUUCUAUUACCUAUUGAAAAAACUAAGCAAAAUGUACAAAAAGUAACAUUUUUAUAUUCAAAGUGUAGAAAGAUGGUUUUUUUCUGUCUGGGUUCAACUUUUCUACAAGAAGUAUUGCUCUAUAGUAUCAAGUGUAGCACUUAUUCUGAAAGAUAAUUUUCUCUAGUUGGUUUAUUGAGGAGAUCAUAUUUUUUAUUUUUCAAGAGUUUUCAAAACAAUUGGGAAAAUCUGUAAAGAAAUGGGUAAUAGGUAAAACAGCAAAUAUUUAUAGCACGCUGUGGUUUUAUCGUUUUCAUUGUUUUUAAUUUUUGUUCACGAUGUUUUCUACUAGAAAUAUUACUCCAAUAGAAAAAUGACAAGAGACCUUUUUUAUUGAAUUUUUUUUCUAGAUGGUGACCAAGAAGGUUUUUUUUUGUUUUUUUGUAGAUUUAUAAAAAUUGAGCAAAACCGAAAAAUACGUAAAAAGUACGGGAACAUUUAUGAAAAUAAUUCUUUUAUUCUUUCAAAUUUUAUUUUUUUAUGUAAUCAAAUUAAAAAUAUUCGUAAACUUAACUUGACAAUUUAAAAAGUGGUUGAUGAUAAUUUGAACUUAUUGUGAUCCAAAAAAAAAAGUUAAGAGUGUAAUGAAGUAUUUUUUUUUUUUUUUUAUAAAAGUUUUAAAAUCAAAUGUUGACGAACAUCGUAAAUAUUACGGACUUUCAAAACAUCCGAACUUCGCUCCGAAACGUUUUUCGUUAGCAAUAGUUUAUCGUUAGUUACAGGUAUAAAUUAAACGACUUUAUGAUCUCACCUUCCUAACUAGUAACUACUCCCAUACAACAGUGGGCCCAUCCGUCCCCAGUAUCGGCUCUAUUAAGUUCUGAAUAUAUUAAUUAACUUUUUAAAUUCAGUAUGCCAUUUUUAUUUUUCGUUUUUACCAGGUAAACAUGGGAAAAUUAUUAAUUUUAAAAAUUAAAUAAUAACAAAAAAUUGUAUUUGAUUGCCUGUCUUUUCAUUUUAACUUAAAUUACAUUCAACCUGUAGGUAUAAUCACAAAUUAUACGCAACUUAAAGUAAAGUCAAUUUUAAAAUUUAACCCAAUAUUUGACGUGAGACGUUAAAUAAAAAUUGUUUUUUCGGUUAAAAUAACAGUAAAAGUCGUGUAGGUGUACAUGUGAGAGUAUUGUAAAAGUAACAUCAUCCCCAAAUAAAUAUUUAUUUAUUUUCUUAGUCUCUGUAACGAUAUUGUGUUAUAUUACAGUGGAUUGGACAUUGUGGCGAUUAAGCAGUGCGUCGCCCUAUUGGUCGAUCUCGCCAAACAAGGCAGGACGGUGGUGUGCACCAUACACCAGCCCAGUUCGUCUCUGUUUCACAUGUUCGAUCAAGUGUACAUGCUGGCAAAGGGCUCGUGUAUUUACAAUGGUACCCCGCGACAAUUGGUGCCGUUCUUGGCACAGGUCGGACACGUCUGCAAACCCACUCACAACCCGGCAGAUUAUAGUAAGUUCCGGAUGUUUUUCAUACUGAAUAUGUGCGAGCAAAUAAACUGAUCCAUCCUUACUAUUUUCAAUGUAUGUAAAUAUAAUUUUAUUUGGCCCAGCUUGCAGAAUUCUCAACAAUUUGAAACGAAAAAAACACGGAUAAUUGUAAUUUAUUUUUUAGUUAUUUAUAAAUUAAUAUAAUUUUGAGUCAAAGGUUUACAUGAUUAAUCGAAUUUCGUUCAAAAUCAUUUAAUCGUCAACAAUGAUUUAACGUCGCGUACAAAUAUAAUUUGCAUUUCCUUAUAUAUCUUACCGUCUAGACUUUUAGCCCGGUGACACACUUAUCAGCAGUAUCAGUUCUAUUUAGUUGUGUUAUGUUCAGAGCCGUAUCGAGAAGUGCCUGAGAGGUGCCCACUUACGGGGUGCUAUGACUACAGGCACCCCUGUAAUAGAAAUUUUUCACAAUAAACGUAUAAGAGUCCCAAUAGACAGGUUUAGCUUUUUUUCUGGAAAAUUUUUCUAGCAUUGGGUACCGAUUUUGUUAGACACGGAUAAUGUGAUUGGUCAGUCUUUUGUUUUUGUAUUAUUUUAUUUUAUUAUUAGUAAUUUUAUGUGUGGUUUGGUCUUAAAAUCCUACAAUGAACAUAAUACGUGAUAUAAAAGAAAAUUGCACUCUAAUAUCUUUUUAAUUUUUACUAUAAAUGCUUAAUUUAUAUUUUUUAUUUCAAAGAUAGUGUGUUAGAAAAACUGGUUACCCCUAAACCAGAUUAUACAGGAAACGUAUACCUAUUAUAUUAUUAUUACAUUCUCCAGAAUUCGAUGAGAUUAAAUACGCGCGUGUAUUUCCGCAUAUAAAACGUCAAAUCGCCGUCGUAAAACAUUCUCUCCACGAACAAUUCCUAACCUUCGGGACAAACUUUUUGGACGAUAUUUCAAACUAAAUAUAAAUAAAUCAAAAAAAUUUUCUUACUCAAUCAGCUAUAUAAAAAAAUUUUAUCACUUGACUUUCCCUCAAUUCACUUGUCCAAAACCAGAUACUAAUGCAUUAUUAUAUAAAUAACUAUCGGCAAACUAUUUCCUUCCAAAUCCGUUGAAAUCAAAUUUAAUUAUUUUAAUGUCUUAAAAAAAAAAAAAAACAUUUGUAAUUACUUUGUUUUUUUUUUUUUGCUAGAGGAAAUUUGUGAUUAAUUAUCAAUAAUGAGUAGUUAUACCACGGGCUAAGCGAAGUUCACAAAAGGCCCAGAUGGCAUGAAAAAUGUUUAUAACGAUGAAAAAUGAUAAGUAUACGGGAUAGAUGUUUCAUAAUAGUAAUUGAAAAACGUUUUAAUUUUUUCCUGAAGUAUUUCCGUACACAAAUAUUACGACGUGAGACGAAGCGUAUUGCGCGUAGAAAGUAUUUUAUAAAUAAUUCCAGUUUGCCGACCGCGGUGUAUUAUGCAUUACUUCGAGUUAACGUUACAACUAAAAGGGAAUGUGAUUAAUUUCAAAAAACCAAAUAAGUAAUUUAUAAUUAAAUGGACACGCGCUAAAUCUACUAGACCGUUGAAAUUGCUAAGGUUCGUGAUCAGCACCAUUACUAUAAGCCCUACUAUUUAGUAAUUAAAUAUUAGUAAAUAAAUAGUAUUAAAAUACUAUUUAGUAUUUUGAGUAUACCUACUAUAAUAUUGUUAAAUAUUUACUGCAAAAUCAAGUAGAGUUUCGUAAAAAAAAUAAGCGUCUUACGUUAUAUAAAAAUAAACUAUAAAAUAAAGAUAAAGAUCUAGGCAAAGACAUAAUAUAAGAGAUCAUUGCUAACAUAAUUAUUUAGAUAAAUAUUUUUAUUAGUUUUACAAUCUUUUUUAACAGAAUUCAGGUUUUGAUCAAAAACUUUAUAAGUACUUUUAUGUAUCAUAUUUUAUUUAUUUGGAACAUGAAAGAAGUUAUUAUUUGAUUUUCCUUGUAGUUGUUUUUAAUAAAUGGUGAAUACUGGCAAUUUUUAUAUCAUUAUUUUUUUCUGGGUUACCUUGGUAACAGGAAAAAUUAUACGACUAAUAAUCGACUGAGAAUCAUUUUUCGUCAGCAAUUGUUUAUCGUUUCGUACAAACAUAAAUUGAAUUACACUAUAUAUUCUCUCAUCCAACUUCCUCCCUACAAAUUACAACAGUGGUACACUUACCAGAAGCAUUAGCGUUUUUAUUAGUUUAUUUUUUGUUUUUUUCAAAGAGCUAUUGCUUUGUGUAAUUUAAUUUCUAAGGAAUAAAGCUUUUUUAUUUCUUUUUUUCGUGUGACGUGAGAGUUUUCGUUUAAAACUUGUCAUCACUUUUUUUCUCCAAACAACAACACGACGACCAUUUGACGAAAGUUUAACUAGAAAAUACUUUUAAAAGUUGUAUAUUACACAUUGCGGAAAUAUUAUCAAAGUUCACGAACCUGCGGCCCUAGCAAUAAAAAGCAAUACAAUUCUAUACAGUUAUACAAUUCCUAUGAUAAUCAUAAAAAAAAAAAGAACUUUACAAAUAAAAUUACAAACUAUAACGUGAAACACAGAGCACAACUACUAUAUAAUAGUAUAGAAUUACUAUAAAUAUUAUUUAUUUGUUUACAGUUUUCGAAGUGUUGGACAACGGUGUUGAUACAAUUCUCGAAUUGACCAGAGAGAUUCAAAACGGAAAAAUAAUAUUGUGCGACGACAUAAACGUCAUGGAAAACGACAAGCCGAAUACCAAAAGACUCAGUAAAUUACAAUCUCCUUGAAAAAGAUUAUUAAUUAUUUUAUUCAAUGUAUUUUUUUUUAUCGUUUACAGGUCGAAAUGAAGCACUAGAAUUCGAGAAACUAUCAAAAUUAGAUAAAACUCAUUCGGAAUAUUCUUCGUCAUUCAACACACAGUUUUCCAUAUUGUUGUCAAGAAAAAUGAAACAAACAUUUAGAAAUACUGUGAGUAUAUGUUAAUUUAUAUAUUUAAAAAAAUAUAUCAAAAUUUAAGUUAAUGAUCGACUUUUCGAUCGAAAAGGACUUUUACGGUUAGCAUAAAUGCUCCAAUUUGUUCAGGAUCCCCUGUACCUGAAUAAAUACGUAUUUAUUAUUUGUCAAUACUUUAUUUGAACUUUUUUCGAAAAUUUUUAGUUAGACAAAUGCUCCAAUGUUUUCACGCACUAACUCAAAAGAUGAAAAAUUUCAAUUUAUUUAAAUAUCGACGUUUUCAGCAGUUCACCUAUUAGAUCCUUUUUAUGUUUUUGUUUAAUUUUGUUGAUUUUUGGGUCAUUUUAACAACAAAAGAAAAAUCACGAAUACAAUACUACUCCUCUCAGAAUCGUUUUUUGUAAUGAUUUGUAUAGUGUAAUAUAUAGUGUAAUGAUUUGCAUGAUACAAUAUAAACAUUUCUUUGUAAAAUUACUCUGUAAAUUGUAUUACUUUCCUAUAAUCACCCAGUUCUUUAAAACGUUAUAACGAAAAAAAUUGACGAAAUCAAUAAACGAAAAUUAAAAUAAAAACGGAAAAAAUCAUAUACCAAUAAACAUAAUAUAUCAUUAAUCACGACUAAUAAUUAACAAUAAAUAUAACUGCGACUUAUUUGAAAAAAUAAUUGCAAAUAAUUUUAUUCGAAAUAAUGUUUUUACUUUUUUAUUUUUACGUAAAACCUUAUACUUUAUAGGUAUUAACAAUUAGAAAUAAUUAUAGAAAUAACAAUAGAAUUUAUUAAAAAAAAAUGCGCUAUUCCAAAUUUAUUUAUAUCGCUUUAACAAAAAACGGAAAAUUAAAAUAACGUUAAACAUUAAAAUUAUGUAAAAUACAUUUAAAUACACAAAAACGAUAGAUUUUGUAUACAUUUAAGCCUUGUUUACAACAGUACAGUAAGCCAACCCGUGACCAGUAUCCACUUGUAUUAAUUUUAUUAUUUGUGCAUGAAUAAAAAUCCCAAAAAAUUUCAUUUUAUACUAAUAUUAGUUGUUGUUAUUGUUAAUAAAUUAAUCACUCUUCGUUUAUAGAUAGGUCUGUGGAUAUCGUUUUUCCAUCACGUUUUCUCCGCGUUUCUUCUCGGCAGCAUAUACUACGGCAUUGGCUUGGACGGGAGCCGACCUUUUGAAAAUUUUAAAUUUUGCAUCAGCGUCAUCGUUUUUUUCGUGUACACUCACGUUAUGGGACCAGUACUUACACGUAAGUCGAUUGAAUAUUAAUUAACACGCAUUUAAUAUUAUACGAUGUGUAUAUUUAAACGUUUUCAAUCUGUUUUAAUAAAUAAUAUAUUAUUAUAGUGCCGUCGGAAGUGAAAUUGUUACGUCGAGAAUAUUUCAAUCAUUGGUACAGUCUCAGGUCGUACGUUUUAGCGUCCGCCAUUCACACCAUACCAAGUAUGGUGAGUACAUACAUUUUUUUUAUUUCAAAUAAAACUACGUGCACACUCAUCUAAUUUUGUCGAUUUAUUUUUUGUUUUCAGCUCCUGUUCGGAUCUUUAUUCCUCGUAAUCGUGUAUUUCAUGUCGGCACAACCGAUAGAAUGGAUACGGUUCGGUCAGUUCAUGGCCAUAGGACUGUUUACCGGUUACAUAUCCGAAGGAUUGGGUGUUCUGAUCGGAUCUUCCGUAAAAAAUUCCGUAAGAACCAUAUCGAUAGAAAAAAAAAAUAACCUUAAAUAAUAUUAUGAUAAACGUGUCGAAAUAUAUAAUAUCGUACGAUUUUCGAACAUAACUAUGAUAAAUAUUUUAACGUCCAUAGGAUCGAUACAUAAUAUAAUCAUACUUUUUAAUUUAAAAAAAGCCGACAAGAUAAAUCAAAUCGAUUUUCAUCCAAACCACUUAUCCGUACAUACGCAAUUCGUAUCCAACCUAGGACACCGAUAGUGGAUACUGAAUAGGUAUAUUAACUCCCCAACUAAAAGUAUAAACAGAAUAAAAUCUCUUUGUAGUUACAUUUAAAACUAUAGACAAGGGUGGAUGCUGGAUAGGUAAUAUUUUUGUUACAGAUAAACAUUUUUAAGGGCCCACCAAUUUACUUUUAAAAGCUAUUUUAUAAAUAAUUAUCUGCUGCUUCCUUGACACUAGAGAAUUCAAUGCAUUAAGUUUAAGUUCUUUAAUGUUUACGAUUUUGAAAAUAAUUAUAAUAUUUUAAUAGUACAUGAUAUACUUAAUGUUCAAAAUAACCUAAUAAACAUUGAGAAAUAAUUUAUACAUAAGAAUAUAAUUUCGCUUUUCAGUUGUAAAAUAGGUAAUUGAAGAAAAUAAGAAGAUAGUUGUUGAUAAGCUUAUAAAAUACUUAAAUGAAAUGUGUAGUUGCUUAUUAUGAAAGUUGUGUAAAGGGAAUUAAGGGGGUACCAUUAACAUAGGUGUUUAUCAUUUAAAAAUUGAGCUCACCUUUUGAAAAAAUGAAUUUCCUUUGUUUUUUAUUAUUUGUACAUUGCAACAAUAGUUCUCUUUUUUUUACGUUUUGUUAAGCCAGAUUUAUAUUUACGUUUAUUAUUCACUAUAAAUACUAAGUUACUAUAGUAUAAUUUAUACCUAGUUAUAAACUCGGAUAUAAAGUAUAAAUUGUAUGUAAAUCCAGUGACACCGAAGUCAACUUUUACAGAUGGGGUAAAUCCAUAUAAAAUAUAUAAUGGAUAGGUCAUAUGUAUACGAGUUGCUGCAUAGCGUUCCUGAAUAAAAAAGAGAGAUAUUAAUAUCAAAAGCAUGUCUAUCCUACUCAGCGAUAUAUUGACUUUUCUUCCGUAAAUUAUUUUUUUGUUGUCAUGUUCGUUGCCCCAUGAUUCUAUGUUAUUUUGAAAAUAAAUUACCUAUUAACUAUUUUUCCCUUAUCAAUGAUAUAUUAAUUCAGUUUAUGGAAGAAUAAUUUAAAAUUUCAUAAAAGUUCAUUGAAUGUAUAAUUUAUUGCUGAAUAAGGCAGAAGUUAACCAAUAUAGCAUAAACAUAGACGGGAGCCUACGGGUAAAAUCCCUUUUCCCCUGGGAGCCUAUUCACUCCUAACUAGAAAGCCUAUAUAAUACAAUUAAUGCAUAUUACGGUCAAUCAGACGGCAUUAGCGAAUUGGUCACUCUCUUAUUAUAUAGGCUCUCUACUCCUGACUGUAGACUUGAGAUACAUAGACUAAGAAUGAUUAUCAAAUUAUAAAAUAGUUAUACGAACAGCGCACUUGUAGUUUUAUCAAAGACUAUAAUAUAUGAACAUAGUAAUGUAGUAGCCAUAUUAAGAUAAGUACCCCUUGAAUCAGUAAAACAGUAAUAUAUCACGUCUUAUGAAUGUGAUAAUUCGUAUUUGUCAUGAUAAAUUGACUCAGUCGUCUGAUUUUCAGUAUUAUUUUUACAUAAUUUUAUUUAUGGGGGGAAAACGUAUUAAUGUUUUUCUAUCAUUUAAAAACUGCAACUUGUCCUUCUCUCUCACGCAUGCACAGCUUUACAUAUAAUACAUUACAUAAAACAUGUAUUACAUGUAAAACGUAUUUAUCUUAAUAUGAUAUCUACAAUAUUCAUUAUUCAACACAAUCGUUAGUUAAUAAUAGUGGAACAAGUAUACAUUGCAAUUUGUUUAGCACUACAAUUUAUUCGGUAAAGGGUAUAUUUUACAUUUUAUUUAUGAACCAAAUUGGAUUUUCAGACCGGAGCCGUGCUGACUCCGGCGGUCCUGGCACCCUUGCUCGCGCUGGCCGUUUACGGCAUGGGCUACGGACUAGCUAUCGAACCUCUCAUGGAGUCACUGAUGGCUAUCAGCUUUUUGCGAUACUCCCUGGUCGGAAUAUCUACCUCAUUGUAUGGCAACGGUCGAGCGAACAUGGAUUGCAGCACAGAGGACCUAUACUGUCACUACAGAAGCCCGGAACUGUUGCUCCGAGAUCUGGGUAUGAGUGGCCAGUCCAUCGGCUACCAGUUUGUCGGACUGGCCGUGUUCGGAUUGCUGUUCCGAGUGAGCGCAUACUACGUCAUCAGACUGCGGAUGAUGAAUAAACCACUCAGAAAAAUACCGCUUUACUUCAAGAAGUUCCUGCGCUGGUAACAGCCUGCGGUCACCACCUCGUUCCGAGUGAUACCAAUUCUACAAUGAUAAUACUGUUGUAGCAUUUUUGUAUUUUCUAUUUUAUACGUCAUCACCGAUAAUAUCGUCGGACGAUGACGAGCGAAAGUGACAAUCAAUAUUACAGUUUAGGUCCUAUGACGUAAAUUUUCACUUAAAUUAGUCCUAAAAAUGACCUAACUUAAAUUAUUAAAACAGUUGUAAAAUAAAACGUCGUCUGUUACGGACUCACGGUUAGAACAAAACAUUUUCGAACAUCUGACGUAGGAAUACGAUCGAACGUCGUAAAGUCAUAAAAUUGUUUUGUCAUAACAAUCUAAGUUAAUAAUUUAAAUUUAUUUAUGCAGUAUAUUAAUUAUAUAUGAGUAUAGUGCCUGUAAAAUUGUUUAUGUAUUAUUUUUUGUCGAUUUUUUUUUCUUAUGAAUUAUUUAUAUUCUUAUUGCUCUUUUCCGAAUUCAGAAAUUUUUCGUAAUUGUCCACGAAAAGUUUGAACUCCUGAAACAUUGUUAUGUUGAUGAUAAGAACAAUAUUAAAAUACAUCUAAUAUUAUCGAUACGUUGUAUAAAAAAUAACACAUUUGUUCGCACCUCUUGUUUUUUCUUCAGACAUUCGUCGAUCAGCGGAUCGGCGUAAUUCGGAUCGUUUAACGGAUCUACAUCGUUCAAUGUACUUUGUUGACCGGAUUCUACGGCUACCUAUAAGAAAUCACAAUUAAUUAUUAUAAUAAUUGAUGGUCAUAAGUGUGUAUAUUUUUUGUGAUAUUAUUAUUCGGUUUAUGUAUUAUUUAUUAUAAAUUAUAUCGGUAUUUCUGUUAUAAUUAUGUAUUAUGAUAAUAUUAAUAUUAAUUAAUGUAUUUUAGUAAAUCAAAAUGAAACUAUAAAUGUAUAAACUAAAUUAUUAUAUUGUACUUGGAAAGUUAGAAUAUUUUUUUUUUCAUAUAUCUAUAAAUUAAAUAAAUUUAUGAAUUCUAUUAAAAGUUCGUCCAGCAGUUCUAUCUGGUCGAUUUGAAUGAUUUUUUUUUUUAAAUUCUUAAAUUUAAGGCAUUCUAGCAUAGAUAACGCCAACAACCAUUGGAAUACAUCUACUUUUUCCCUCUUAAAUUAUACUCAAACGUGAAUUCCCACUGUACAUUUCUUAAGGAAGUCCUGUAUUGUACAUGUUUUCAUUCGGUUAUAAUUGAGGUUAACGAUUCGAAGAAAUGCUGCAACAGCAGAUGUC